AGGAAGUUUAAACAACAAUCCUGAACGGAAGCUGCAGCAUGCAUCGAGAGUUAUAGUAUUUUGUUGCAAUUAAUAAAGCUGUUUUAUUGUCUCGGGGAUGGAGAACUGGAGCCUUGUGUCCCUUUGUGUUUUGCUCGGUCUUACAGCGAGAUGGGCUGUAUCCUUGAACUCUUAUUCAGGGGCAGGCAAACCACCCAUGUUCGGGGACUACGAAGCUCAAAGGCACUGGCAAGAAGUGACAUACAAUCUGCCUGUUCAUGAAUGGUACUUCAACACUACAGACAACAACCUAAACUACUGGGGUUUGGACUACCCCCCCCUCACAGCCUACCACAGCCUUCUCUGUGCACAUGUGGCCAUGCUGAUAAACCCAGACUGGGUGGAGUUGCAUGCGUCUCGAGGUCAUGAAAGCUAUGGACAUAAGUUGUUUAUGAGAGCCACAGUUCUUAUUGCAGAUCUGCUGAUAUACAUUCCUGCUGUUGUUCUUUACAGUUUUUACCUCAGUGAAGGAUCAAACAAAAAGAAGGUCUGCACAGUCCUCUGUAUCCUGCUCUAUCCAGGCCUUAUUCUAAUUGACUACGGGCAUUUCCAAUACAACAGUAUAAGCCUGGGGCUGGCCCUAUGGGGUGUGGUGGGUCUGGGUCUGGGCUGGGACGUGCUGGGCUCUCUGGCCUUCGUCCUGGCCCUCAACUACAAACAGAUGGAGCUCUACCACUCCCUGCCCUUCUUCUGCUACCUACUGGGCAAGUGUUUCAAGCAGGGCCUGGCAGGUCGAGGGUUGUUCCUGCUAGUGAAGAUCGCUGUAACAGUCCUGGUGACCUUUGCCCUCUGCUGGUUGCCCUUCCUGUCUGACCCUGGCCAGGUCCUGCAGAUGGUGCACCGCCUUUUCCCUGUGGGGCGAGGCCUCUUCGAGGAUAAAGUGGCCAACACAUGGUGCAGCUUGAAUGUCCUAAUAAAGAUCAAGACCAUCCUGUCCACUGAUACCCAGCUCUACCUCAGUUUGACCGCCACUCUCCUGGCUAUCCUACCUUCAUCUAUAAAACUGUUGAUGAAACCUACAUUCUGGCAGUUAAAACUUGCCUUGGUCAACUCCUCUCUGGCAUUCUUCCUUUUCUCCUUCCAAGUCCACGAGAAAUCAAUCCUCCUGCCUGCCUUGCCAGUCUGCCUGCUACUGAAUGACCUCCCUCUGCCAGCCAUCUGGUUUCUACAGGCUUCCACCUUCAGCAUGCUGCCGUUGUUUCUGAAGGAUGGUUUGUUGGUGCCGUACGUCGUCACCUCCCUGGCCUUCCUGUUCUUCUCUGUCUACCUGCUCUCGGCCCUGGAGCACUGCUCAGAGGACAAGCUACGUCUGGGGCCCUACCGCCGCCUCCUCCUCAUCUGCAUGCGCCGCAUGGACCUCGGCAGAGUCACCAAGUGGAAAUUCUAUUGUUCCAUCAUGGCCAUGGCUGGUUUGAGCUUGAUGAGCGUGGUGCUGGCCCCUCCGGCCCAGCUGCCUGAUUUGUUUCCACUCCUGGUGUCUGUGUUCUCAUACCACCACUUCCUGGGCCUCUUCCUCUACUUCAACAUUGUCCAGAUUGCCGAGCCGCCACCACCUGGGAGGAAGAACCAGAAGAAAAGUAACUGAGUAAUUAUAAGGGAGGAAGAACCAGAACUGAGUAGUCAUUAGGGUGGAAAAAUCUGAAGAACUGUGUAGUCGCCACCCAGCUGAAAGAGAGAACUUACUAAGCACAGUGCUUCAGUCAAUGAGCGCCAUAGACCAAUAAGGCUCAUGAACCAACUACCAGACUAAGGCCAAUCAUUUAGAAUCUUUAUUUUCUAGAGAGAACCCUCCUGUCAACAUGAAUGGUUGCUGUUUUGUCAGUGCCUAAUUAUGUACAUCAAGCUUAGAAUUCAUUUUUUUUACUUGACUGUUCAAUAUUUUCAAAUGUUUGUAUCAUCAUUACAAUUAUUUUGUACCAAUUGAGUAUUUGUCUUGAAAAAUAAAAUCACCUCAUGAA